UUACUCUGACUGUGAGUGUAAAGACCCAAAGUUGAGUGUGAAAACAAUUCAUGUUUGAGAAAGGAGGAGUAAUUCAGGACAGAAAACGUGUAUGCUAUGGUUAACUGUUUCCCAUCAUCCGAGAAUCUGUUUUCCCACGGUGUGAAACUUAUUCAGCAUCGGGAUAAAGGAUAACGACUCUAUGGAUAUACAGAAUUCUUCACCAUGGUAAAACUCGCCAACCCCCUGUAUACGGAGUGGAUUUUGGAGGCGAUCAAAAAGGUAAAGAAACAAAAACAGCGUCCUUCAGAGGAGAGGAUAUGCAAUGCAGUAUCUUCAUCACACGGUUUGGACCGCAAAACUGUUCUGGAACAGUUAGAGUUGAGUGUUAAGGAUGGAACUAUUUUAAAAGUCUCCAACAAAGGUCUCAAUUCCUACAAGGAUCCUGAUAAUCCUGGGAGAAUAGCACUUCCAAAGCCUCGCAACCAUGGAAAGUUGGAUGGUAAACCAAACGUGGACUGGAAUAAACUUAUCAAACGCGCCAUCGAGGGCUUGGCCGAGUCUAGUGGCUCGUCCUUGAAGAACAUCGAGCGCUUUCUGAAGGGGCAGAAAGAUGUGUCUGCGUUGUUUGGAGGUAGCGCUGCCUCCAUUUUCCACCAGCAAUUAAGAUUAGCCGUCAAGCGUGCGGUUGGCCAUGGGAGGCUGCUCAAAGAUGGACCUCUGUAUCAGCUCAACACUAAGGCAACCACUAAUGCUGACGGGAAGGAGAGCUGCGAGUCUCUUUCCUGUCUCCCUCCAGUGUGUCUCCUUCCCCACGAAAAGGAUAAGCCAGUGGCAGAGCCCAUUCCAAUCUGCAGUUUCUGCCUUGGUACAAAGGAACAAAAUCGAGAGAAGAAACCUGAAGAGCUCAUCUCUUGUGCUGACUGCGGCAACAGCGGUCAUCCAUCCUGUUUGAAGUUUUCUCCCGAGUUAACAGUGCGAGUGAAAGCCUUGCGAUGGCAAUGCAUCGAGUGCAAAACGUGCAGCUCCUGUCGAGAUCAGGGCAAGAACGCGGAUAACAUGCUAUUUUGUGACUCAUGCGACCGUGGCUUUCACAUGGAGUGCUGUGACCCCCCUCUUACCAGGAUGCCAAAAGGUAUGUGGAUAUGUCAGAUAUGUCGACCACGGAAGAAAGGAAGGAAACUUUUACACAAGAAGGCAGCACAGAUAAAACGGCGAUAUACAAACCCAAUAGGACGUCCCAAAAAUAGGUUAAAGAACCAAAACACGACAUCAAAAGGCCCCUUCAGCAAAGUUCGAACUGGCCCUGGUCGGGGUCGGAAGCGAAAGAUCACCCUAUCCAGCCAGUCAGCAUCCUCAGAAGGAGGUUACCUGGAGCAGACGGAUGUCUUGGACUUCUGCAGAGAUGGCAGCACCACCUUGAAGUUUAACAAGAAAACCAAAGGGCUCAUAGAUGGCCUUACUAAAUUCUUCACUCCCUCCCCUGAUGGACGGAAAGCUCGGGGGGAAGUGGUGGACUAUUCUCAGCAAUACAGGAUCAGGAAAAAGGGUACCAGGAAAUCCAGCACUUCAGAAUGGCCCACAGACAAUCAGGAUGGCUGGGAUGGAAAACAGGAAAAUGAGGAGCGUUUCUUUGGGAGCCAGGAUGUCUUAACUGAAAAAGACAUGGAGCUGUUCAGAGAUAUUCAGGAGCAAGCAUUGCAGAAAGUAGGGGUGAUUGGGCCUCCUGAUCCGCAAGUCCGCUGCCCUUCUGUCAUCGAAUUUGGCAAGUAUGAAAUCCAGACCUGGUACUCCUCCCCAUAUCCACAGGAGUACUCAAGGCUACCCAAGCUGUAUCUUUGUGAAUUCUGUCUAAAAUACAUGAAAAGCAGAACUAUUCUCCAGCAGCAUAUGAAAAAAUGUGGCUGGUUUCAUCCUCCAGCCAAUGAAAUUUACCGAAAAAACAAUGUUUCAGUCUUUGAGGUCGAUGGCAAUGUCAGCACUAUUUACUGCCAGAAUUUGUGCUUGUUAGCCAAACUCUUCCUGGACCAUAAGACCCUCUACUACGACGUGGAGCCAUUUCUUUUCUACGUGCUGACACAGAAUGAUGUCAAGGGCUGUCACCUUGUUGGCUACUUCUCCAAGGAGAAACACUGCCAACAGAAGUACAAUGUUUCCUGUAUAAUGAUUCUUCCACAAUACCAGCGUAAGGGCUAUGGCAGAUUCCUAAUUGACUUCAGCUACCUACUUUCAAAGCGUGAGGGUCAAGCAGGAUCACCAGAGAAGCCCCUGUCAGAUCUGGGGCGGCUCUCGUACAUGGCUUACUGGAAAAGUGUAAUUUUGGAGUGCCUUUAUCAUCAACGUGACAAGCAAUUAAGCAUCAAGAAGCUGAGUAAGCUGACUGGAAUCUGUCCUCAAGAUAUCACUUCCACUCUGCACCACCUGCGAAUGCUUGAUUUCCGUAGUGAUCAAUUUGUGAUCAUUCGUCGGGAGAAGCUCAUUCAGGAACAUAUGGCAAAGCUUAGAACUAACGUCCGCCCUAUAGAUGUGGAUGCAGAGUGUCUGCGUUGGACACCCGUCAUAGUUUCCAACUCGGUUGUCUCUGAGGAUGAGGAAGAGGAGACAGAGGAUGGGGAGAAUGAAGAGCAACAACAGGAGAAGGAAAAAGACCCAGAGGCCAGUAUGGUAAAAUCUGUAUCAUGGGAGAAGAAAGAGCAAGAGCCUUAUUCUCCUCCAGAGAAUGAAAAAAAGCCAGACAUCGUUGCUCCAGCCAAUUCUGCCCGGCCAAACAAGCACAUCCUUCCUCUGGAUAGUCUUCCUGCCAACAGCCAGCCCUCCCGAAGAGGGCGAUGGAGCCGCAAGGGCAAGAAAUUGCGGGAGCCCUUUUGUGAGAAGGAAGCCAAGCUGCCCGUGGAGGAGAAGACAGCGGUCGCCAGCGGCCGCUGCAGCGAAUGCGAGGAGAAAUCGGCAGCCUCGCGAGGCCGGUGCAGCGAAUGCGAGGAGAAAUCGGCAGCCUUGCAGGGAAGAUGCGGCGAAUGCGAGGAGAAAUCCCCGAUUGCCCGGGGCCGCUAUGCUGAAGAGGAGGAAAAUCUGCAGUUUCCCCGGGGCAGUACCGGCGACAGUGUGCCCCACCGCUACAGCGACAGCAGCCUGCUGAGGUGCUUCAGCGAAAGCAGCGAGGAGGAGGAGGAUGAGCCCGUGAGCCCUCGGUCCAACUCUCCACCGGUUCUCACCAAGCCAACGUUAAAACGAAAGAAACCGAUUCUUCAUCGGAAAAAGCGAGUCCGCAAGCGCAAGCACCACAACAGCAGCGUUGUCACCGAAACCAUCUCCGAGACCACAGAAGUGCUCGACGAACCCUUUGAGGACUCGGACUCUGAACGACCAAUGCCCCGGUUGGAGCCCACCUUUGAGAUUGAGGAGGAGGAGGAGGAGGAAGAGGAGGAGGAGGAGAAUGAACUUUUGCCUAGUGGAUACUUUCGGCACUUACCCCCACAAGACACCCUCAGGCGCAGACCUUCUUCCAAGAGCAAGUCCAAAGAUGAGGAGGAGUCUGAUGACACUAAUGGCACCCCGACCUUGAAACCGUUGUCUGUGCUGAGAAAAUGUGAAGAAAACGAUUCUUCACUGGAACCUGAUACUUCUACACCCAUGAAAAAGAAGAAGGGGUGGCCAAAGGGCAAGAGUCGAAAACCAGUCCACUGGAAGAAAAGACCUGGUCGAAAACCAGGCUUCAAACUGAACCGGGAAAAAGUGAUACCAUCAGUUCAGGGUGAAGAAGUUGAUGCAGUGGGAGCUGGCUCAAAAACAGGGCGUAAACCCAAACUGUCAGAUACAGAGAACAGUGUUGAGCAGAAAGAAGAGUUGCCCCUUACUGAGGAAAGGAAAGAUGAUGAUGUGAAUAUGGAAGCGGAAGAGGUGGGAGAGGGGGAAGAGGAAGAUACGACCAGCAGUGAAGUAAGGGCAGUUUCUCCUGUGGACAGCAGCAGCAGUCCAGCCCCAGAGGCUAAAGAGCCUGAAAUAGAGGAGGAGGUGGAGGAGAAGCCGCGGGUUUCGGAAGAACAGAGGCAAUCGGAGGAAGAACAGCAAGAACUAGAAGAACCUGAGCAUGACCACGAGGAAGAAGAUGAAGUCGCAGUAGUGGCGAAUCAGAAUGAAGACCAUGAUGCCGAUGAUGAAGAUGAUGGUCAUGUGGAGUCCCUGAAGAAGAAGGAGUUGGAGGAACAGCCUGUGAGGGAAGGGGUGAAGGAGGAGCCCGACGUGCAAGAGUGUUUUUUAGAAACAAGCAUAUCAAGCAGUAGAGAGGAGGCAAAAGGAAAAGAUGAACCCGAGGCAGAUUCGGAGGAAGAACAGGCUUCGAAUGAGACAUCGGUGGGGUCAGAGCAUGUCCCUGGGUCUGAGGAUGAUCACGAAGAAGAGCAGAGUAAUAAAGAAGGGCUAAUUGAGUUAAAGGAAGAAGAGGAGAUUCCUCAUAGUGAACUAGAUCUCGAAACUGUCCAAGCUGUCCAGUCCUUGACGCAGGAGGAGAGCAAUGAGCACGAUGUAGCUUACCAGGACUGUGAAGAGACCCUCGCAGCGUGCCAGACUCUGCAGAGUUACACCCAGACGGAGGAGGAUCCCCAGAUAUCCAUGGUUGAGGAUUGCCAGGCCUCGGAGCACAACAGUCCCAUAUCCUCCGUUCAGUCCCACCCCAGCCAGUCCGUGCGGUCCGUGAGCAGCCCCAGCGUGCCCGCCCUGGAGAGCAGCUACACCCAGAUCAGUCCCGAGCAAGGAUCCCUGUCCGCGCCCUCUAUGCAGAACAUGGAGACCAGCCCCAUGAUGGAUGUGCCUUCCGUAUCGGACCACUCUCAGCAGGUGGUGGAUAGCGGCUUCAGCGACCUUGGGAGCAUCGAGAGCACCACGGAGAAUUACGAGAACCCCAGCAGCUACGACUCCACCAUGGGAGGCAGCAUUUGUGGGAACAACUCUUCCCAGAGCAGCUGCUCCUACGGAGGGUUGUCCUCUUCCAGCAGCCUCACGCAGAACAGCUGCGUGGUCACGCAGCAGAUGGCCAACAUGGGCAGCAGUUGCAGCAUGAUGCAGCAGAGCAGCGUCCAGCCCGCGGCCAACUGCAACAUCAAGUCCCCGCAGAGCUGCGUGGUGGAAAGACCUCCUGGCAACCAGCAGCCCGCGCCGCUGUCGCAGUGCAGCAUGAACAACAGCUUCACGCCGGCGCCCAUGAUCAUGGAAAUACCCGAGUUGGGAAGCACUGGGAACAUCAGUAUCUACGAGAGGAUCCCAGGGGAUUUUGGGGCCGGGAGCUAUUCGCAGCCGUCGGCCACGUUCAGCUUGGCCAAGCUGCAGCAGCUGACCAACACCAUUAUGGACCCUCAUGCCAUGCCUUAUAGCCAUUCUCCUGCCGUGACUUCCUAUGCAACCAGUGUUUCCCUGUCCAACACGGGCUUGGCCCAGCUGGCCCCCUCGCACCCGCUGGCCGGCACCCCGCAAGCACAAGCCACCAUGACACCGCCGCCCAACCUGGCGUCCACCACCAUGAACCUCACGUCGCCGCUGCUGCAGUGCAACAUGUCGGCCACCAACAUCGGCAUCCCGCACACGCAGCGCCUGCAGGGCCAGAUGCCCGUCAAGGGCCACAUCUCCAUCCGCUCCAAGUCGGCGCCGCUGCCCGCGGCCAACCUCAUGCCCACGGCGCCCUACAACGUCAACUCCAUGAACAUGAACACGCUCAACGCCAUGAACAGCUACCGCAUGACGCAGCCCAUGAUGAACAGCAGCUACCACAGCAACCCGGCCUACAUGAACCAGACGGCGCAGUAUCCUAUGCAGAUGCAGAUGGGGAUGAUGGGGAGCCAGGCCUACACGCAGCAGCCUAUGCAGCCAAACCCCCACGGCAACAUGAUGUACACGGGGCCCUCCCACCACAGCUACAUGAACGCGGCCGGCGUGCCCAAGCAGUCCCUCAACGGCCCCUACAUGCGGAGAUGA